AUCAGUGUCAACAAGGCGGCGGCGCGGUGACGGCUGAACCGGUGACUUGGGAAACGUUAUAUUUUUCCUUCUUUUACCUGUUUUUACGCCUUUUCCCUCAUAUGUAAGGUGUGUGGAGGGUUAUUUAAGGCGUUGUGGUGAUUUACAGUGAUGCAGCCCCGCCAACUAGCCAUGCGGGGCCGGAGCUGGGGCGGGGCCUGUCGCUGCAUCCUCCACCUGUACCUCCCCAUGUGUGCCCCGCCCCAGGUGACCCCACAGCUGGCCUGCCCACUCCACCUCAAACACACACCUGGGGGAGGAGGAGGAGGGAAGAGGGAGGUUGGAGAGGUAGACGAAGGGGAGGAAGGGUAUAGAUUUAAGCCCUUCAUCAGUAAACAGAGACAUGAAAGAGGAGGAGGGGGAGGAGGAGGAGGAGGAGGGGGAAUAGCAAAAGGGGAGAAGGAGGUAGAGGGGAAGGGCAUAGAAGAAGGGGAGGAAGGAUACAAGUUCGAGUCCUUCAUCGUCAGGUUCCAGCAAAUUCUCAUUGGACCCAAAAGCUACCCCAACCAUCGUCACCACCACCACCACCCAUCAGCCAAGGGGUACAAGGGGAAGCACUUUAAGAGGCCAUACACCAUUAGCCCAGUCCACCUCAAGCCUUACCAGACCUAUCAGACCUGCCACCCCAAGACCAUUAGCGGAAACCAGUCCGUUGAAUCUCCGUUAAGAAGUAAAAGUAGUCAAAAUGGGAAUGUUAAUAAAAACCAGGCUAUUGAAGUUCCAUUAGUGAGUAGGAAUAGUGAUGAUAAUGACACUACUACUACUACUACUACUAUUACUACUUCUACUACUACUACUAAUACUUCUACUGUCAAUUCAAAAGUGCUUUCAUCCAGAGAGACAGAGACACGGACCGCUAAUAUGCUACACAGCGAACCCUUCUUUGUCGCCUCCCUCUCCUCUGUACCUCUUUAUCCCACCACAGACAGAGUAGCCACAGACACACACAUACCCACAGACAUACCUCCCUUCCACAGACCAUCAGAAACACAAACACACACAGACACUUCCCACAGAAUACCAAAUGCACAGAUUCUCACAGCCACAGACACAGACACGAGGGAGGAUAAGGAACAGACACUCACAGACAGCCUCCACAGAACGGAACAGACACUAACAGCCACAGUAAGGGAGGAGGAAAGGGAAGCAAAGGGCAACAUACUAGUACAAGAAAUAAAGGGAGAGAUUGCAAUGGUAGGAGAAAGGGAGGGAAAAUGCAUAGAAAGGGAGGAGGAAAGGAGGGAGAGAAUGGGUGUGAUUGUACAAAAAAGAAAGGGAGAGGGAGAGAUUUUAGGAGAAAGGGAGAUGGAAGAAAAGGUACUGGAAGGAAGGGAGAGAAAGAAAGAUGAGAUGGAGAGAAAGGAGGAAAAAAGGGCCAUGUUGGAGGGAAAGGGAGGAGAAAUAAGGGAGGAAAAGGUGGAGGGAAAAGAAGAAAGGGAGAAAAAGAUGGAAGAAAGAGAAGGAAGGAAAGAAAGGGAGAAGAAGAUUAACAAGAUAAAGGUACAAGAGUCCGUCACAGUGGAGGAGGAGGAGGAGGAAGAAGAAGAGGAGGAGGAGGAGGGUGGAAGAGGAAGAAGAGGAGGUGGAGUGGGUGAGCUGGGUGGAAGCGAGCGGGUGUUGGUGUGCCUCAUCCUGGACGCUGUGCCCAAGAGUGCCAACCGAGACCAGCUGGAGGAGUGCCUAAGACAGAACACAGCGCCGCCCUUUGCCUUGCUGCGGCGGCUCUGUGCAACGGCGAGCAAGGAGGCGACGCCGGCCACUGUGGAGGCCGUCCAGCGGCUCACCCAGCGCCUGUACCCCCACCCCCACACCCAGCACCUCGGCUUUGACUACUACUGGGCCGGAGCGCUGUGCCAUGCGGGUGAGGUGGAGCGGAGCCUGGCCGUGCUGCUCCACCUGCACACCCACACACACCCCAAGCGGAGCCGCAAGGUGGGGAAUGUGACGCAGCUGGUCCUCUACCGCAUUGUGGAGGAGGAGAACGAGGAGAUGGUGGCACAGGCGGUGGACUUCGUGGACAAGGUGGCUAACGAUCUGGGUCACCUGGCGCCGGCACUGUCCCUCUGGAGUGCUACCUUCGUGAGCCCUUUGUUCAGGAUGCAGCAGGUCUCCGAGUGGCUAGUGGAGCGUCACCCCAAGCUGGUGCAGAGCCUGGAGCGGCGCCUGGAGGGGCUGGUGGAGAAGGCGGAGUGGGCGGCGGACCAGGACCUGCUCCAGCGCAUCCUCCAGCUCGCCCUCCACCACCAGCUGACCACGCACUACCCGACAGCUACUAACGCCCUCCUUCAGUUGCAGUGUGACGAGGGGGACCUGAGGGCAGCGGAGGAGACACUCAAGUUCGCGCAGCACAUGGGCGUCCGCGUCACCCCCAAGGCACUGCACCGUUUCCUGGCCCUCCUCAGCCAACACCGCCGCCCCAUACCCUUGGCACUGCUGGCCCUCAAGUACCAUCCGCCGCCCCCCCGCCCGGCCAUCCCCCCGCCAACACCACCCAAGUACAAGUUCUGAGGGUGGUGGGUGAUUUAUUUAUUUAUUCAUUUUUUUAGUAUACAAAAAAGAAUCAAAAGAGGUGGCCGAAAGAGAGGUCAGUUUCGGGAUGAAGGUUGUGUGAUGGGCAAGGAGAUGAGGGAGGAAUGGGUGCUGGGAAUGGGGAAGGGAAUUGUAUGUGAUGUGGGUCUCUCUCUCUCUCUCUCUCUCUCUCUCUCUCUCUCUCUCUCUCUCUCCUCACCACAGCUCACAGGACCCACAGGAUGUCACCCCACAGUAUGUCAACAAACCCCACAGACACAUACCCCCCCUCACUCUCUCUCACCCACCCACCCCACUUCACAGGACCCACAGGAUGUCAACAAACCCGACAGACACAUACCCCCCUCUCCCUCUCUCUCUCUCCCCCCCCCCAAAAAAAUAACUGUGAUAAGAUUUCCACUUAUUGUUACGUUCUCACACAAAUUAUGGCUGAAAAACAAUUAUAUCUUUCUCCAUUAAAUAAACUCACUAUUUAUAUACAUUUACAAGCAAUAUAUUAAGCUGUCUUCACUCAGCCGUAAGACAUUGUUAAGUUUGUCUUCCAACCCCACACAGACAUAAGUAAGCCAUUGUUUUCUUUGCCAUAAUUCGUGUCGAGAACCUCAUUGAUCAUUUAUUUAUUUAACAUUGUACAGAGAUUAAUAAAGACAGGAAUUUGUUA